AUGUUUGAGCAGAGGUACGGCACUUGCUCGCGCGAGUGCAUUGGUCGCGGUGCCACAGCAGUCGUGCGGGUCGCGUACAAGCAGCACCGCGACGGCCCGCAGGUGUACGCCAUCAAACGGUUCCGCAAGCAGCGCGCCAACGAGACUGAGCGCGACUACAUCAAAAAGCUGACGAGCGAGUACUGCAUCUCGUCGAGCAUCCAGCACAAAAACGUGGUCAGCACGCUUGACCUCAUCCAGGACCCCAGCAAGAACUGGUGCCAGGUCAUGGAGUUUUGCCCGGGCGGCGACCUGUACACGAUUAUUCGCGACGGAAAUAUGGGCCUGGCCGAGAACGAGUGCUGCUUCAAGCAGAUGUGCGAGGGCAUUGCGCAACUGCACUCGAUGGGCGUGUGCCACCGCGAUAUCAAGGCCGAGAACAUGCUUUUGGAUGCGCGGAGCACCAUCAAAAUCACCGACUUCGGCGUGGCCGAUGUCUUCCGCAUGGCGUGGCAGGACAAGGUGCACAAGUCGCGUGGGCUCUGCGGGUCGGAACCCUACAUUGCGCCCGAGAUGUUUAACAACAAGUCGUAUGACGGCCGCAAGGUCGACGUGUGGUCGGCAGCCGUCGUGUACUACACCAUGGUCUACAACGGCAUCCCCUGGCGCGCCGCCAAGGAGGACGACGCGAACUACACGCGCUUUCUCGACGCCAUGCGCAAUGGCCGGGACUAUGAGGGCUUCCGCCGCAUUGAGCCCAAGAUGCGCCGCCUUAUCCAGAGCAUGCUGAACCCCGACGCUCAGGCGCGCCCAACAAUCGACGAGGUCAUGCAGUCCGAGGUUAUGCAGCGCAUCGUCAUCUGCGACGACGAGGAGUAUGAGGAGCGCAAAAACUCGCAACAUAUGCGCGCUCAGGCUGCGGCUGCUGCUGCCGGCGCUGCCAACUGCCGCGCAUCCAACAGCAAUAAUCAUUAA